UAUAUAUGUAAAUAUAUACAGGAAGUUACGUUUUGUAAACGGAAGUGACCACAGAGGGCGGGACGUUUUCAAAAUUGAUCCUCGCUCUCGGCGCUUGACGUUGUCAAAUCUCACAUAAAGGCAGUCCCAGUAUAGAAAUGUCUUCAAAAAUCCCCAGAGGCACGCAGUUACCUGUAGAGACGAAGAAAAUUGGUCAUAGGUUUGAAUCCAGGGACACAGCAACUGCAUCUGCAACAGCAACUGCUGCCCAAAAAUCAGAUGGCGUCCUUAGACCGCAAAAGGAAAAUGUGCAGAGGAAAAAUGCUGCUCCUAAAGUUCACAAAGUGGUCUCCACCAGGUACGGUCAACAGGUGGAGCUCAAGGAACAAAAUCAGCAUUUGACAACAGUCAAUGAGGAGCUGCAGAAAAACCUCACAGAGACACAGCAAAGAUUAGCAGAGUUGGAGUUAGAGUUCACUGACUUGGAAAAGGAAAAUGCACAAGCACAGAAAAAUCUGAAGGACUGCCACAUUCUUCUUGUCACGGCAAAAAUAGACCCAGGAGGGAAGGUUGGAGAAGAUGCUCAACAAAAUGAAGACCAAAGGAAAGAAGCUAUGAGCGUCUCCACAGACCUGCUGAAAGAAUUAAGGACUUUCGGUGAUGUUGCGUCAAAGCAACGUUCUCGGCUAGAGGAAAUCCAGACGAUGAUGACAAACCUCACUAAGGCGAGAGAACAUAUGAUGCAGGAGAGGGAGAGCUUCUCCUUGGACACCGCUGAAAUGGAGGAAGCUCUAAAGGAAGCCCAGGCUCUCCUAUUGUGAACAAAUGUACAAUAAUCUCUGAAUGUAAAACGAGUUUAUCAUGUAUAUUAUAGUAAUCUUUAAUGUUUAUUUUAGUGUUGGACUGACUUUAAGUAAAUAAACUCUUUUUUCCCAUAAAAACCUUUGUUUUCCCCU